CUAGGUGUACGAUCAAAACGCACAAUCCAGACGGCGAGCACUUGUGGGCACAACAGUCCCACGGCGACCAGGGUAACGGCAGAAGAUAUUUUUCAUGUUCCGACUGUCUUGAAGCAUGGUCGGCCCCGUCCGAUGUGGCUGAAUGACAGUGCCGAAGGGAGCGUGAGGGAAACAAUGCCAUGUAUUCAUUCUUGAGAAAAUCAUGCGGUACUAGAGAGAAAGAGAGUGCAAGCAAGAGAGAAGCCUUUUUUUCGCCGCGUCCUCAUCGUCAUACAUUCAUGAUUGCCUGUAGUUGUUUUCCCCCUUUCGCAACAAGUCCAGGUCCUCAUGUUGCGUCUCGUGGCGCAAAAGAGGACCAUAGCCCCUGCGGGCGGUGGGGGAGGUCUUCUAAAUCGUUUCUCCUCUGCACGCAAGUUCGUCAUCGGUGGUCCAACAUCUGCAUCAGCCGCGCGACAAGCUGCGAACGGAGCUGGUGGCGUUUUCCGCGCAAGUCCGUCACGAUUCGCCCUGUUCCAAGCUUCUACACCUAAGCGCAUCGUACCGCAAGUGUGCCGCGAUUUUUAUGCUUACGGGAACAAGUACAUCGGACCACGGGGAUGGGUCGGUAUCGACAAUUUUUUUGUACCGACAGUAGAACUUACUUACAGCAGUUGAUUGAGGUUGUGCCGUAGGAUCGUGAGUCUGAGUGUUUAUUUUUUUGCGCUUUUUCGUGCCGCAAAAGUAAAAGACGCCAUCGGGACAGAGUGCCUAAUUCGAAAUCGGAUAAAUAAAGCUUCACGAGAACUACAUUAUAAAACCUGUUCAGGUCUUUAUCCUCUCGGCCUGGUGAUCUUCAUGAUGUCGUCGGGCCACUACUUCGUCGUGAUUCGCGAACAGGAUCGGCAGUUUUUGGGCACGAACAUGGUUAACGUGUGGGUGGACACGGAAAACAGCGGACUAAACUGGCGACAUCCCUACGUUCGUGGCAGUUGCUAUGAAGUCUUUCCCGACUGGAAGGGCAAGGACCAGUGGCGGGGCAGUCAACAAUCGGAGCACGGACACCAUGACGAUCACCACCACUAAAAAAGGAGAUUUGUACGAACUAGUGAUUUUCGCUCUGAAAUUAUUGCUACUGAUAGAUUAUCGGCAAGGAAGUCUGCAACUAGAAUGAAGUAGUGCUGUACAUCAAGAAAACAAUGACAGUGCCACGGAUCGAAAAUAAUAUCGCAGCUGCUCUGAAAAUAAUUUUCAAAAGACAACUACCUGAACCGACGACUACCUGAACCGUCACCGUGAACUGGAGUCAAUUCUUGCACCAUCAGGAUAUCAUUUUUCAGCGUCCACACAGAGGAGGAUCAAGGACGAUGUUCCCAGGACGCGAAAAGCUUCUCAAAACUACCUACCACCAACGCUAGAAGUCCUGAUCAAAAAGCC